AGUAUCUAUCACAGCCACAUAGAAUUACAGAGCUGACUUUAUCAGUGAGCGACUUGACUAAAAACUAAAGUCAAUUUUUGUUAAAGAUAAAAGUAAAUUUUAUUUAUAUAAGUAGCACAUACGAUAAACUGUGUAUAACCCAAAGGCAGCGGCAUCGGCAGUCACCAAAACUUGUUUUAAAGUAGGUAGAUCACUGAUUAAAUUUCACCCUAUGUAGAGUAUAAAUAUAGACUAAAAACUGUUCCAAUACAUUAAGAUAAACUCAAGUGAAUGUAGAGUUGCUAGACGACUCGUAGACUAGUCACUGACGAAACGCUAUAGUCACUCGCUCAAUGUUAUUUUAACUUUACAUCAAAGUAAAUAACUACAUCUACCUAACUUUAUCUUGUUAUUGGACUCAUAUAAGUGCUGUUUAAUUUAACAUAUCGUUACGUUAUCAAUACAUAAGUUACGUCAGAUAAUUGCUUAUUUACUUACUUAAUUCAUUAGUGAAUUUGUAUAACUUACUGACUAUAUUUUAUUUACCGUAAUAAUGGAAGUGUCGGUGCUUGUAUUAUUAGUUUUAGUGGUGCCAUUUGCAUAUGGAUUUCAAUGCACUCAGAAACACACAAAUUCUUACCUCGUCAUUGACAAUGACGCCGGCAGUGAUGAUGCGAUGGCCAUCUUCUUGUCUCUACUCUUUCAUGAGCAUUACGACGGCCCAGAGCUGGUGGGGCUGACCACCGCCAGGGGGAACACUGACGAGCCCAAGGUCUACCUCAACAACCAAAUUGUUUUGAAAAUUGCAAACAAACAGCAUGUGCCAAUCUACCGAGGAACGGACAAAUCCAUCGUGUUCUCUUCCGACCUGACAUACUACCACGGCACAGACGGCCUAGGAGACAACAACUUAACCUACGAGGGGUUAACACCAGCUCUGAACGUCACUGCUGCCAACGCACUGAUCGAAGCCUCCAAGCUGUAUGAGGGGAAGCUGAUUGUGGUGACCCUGGGGCCGGUCACCAAUGUGGGGCUCGCUGUGGCUCUGGACCCAGUCUUCUUGGGCAGGCUCCAGCACUUGUAUGUCGCGGCUGGACAUAUACACAACGAGGUGCAUGUAGAGGCCGAGUUCAAUGCCAGGACGGACGCCGAGGCGUAUCAUAUCAUAGCUGAAAACGCUACUCCUGAAAAAGUUACAAUCAUACCUUUUUCACAAGUCAAAGACCAUCUCGAUCUCUCCAAGGAAUGGCGUAACAACGUGCUGGGUGCGAUCGACACGGACAUCAUGAAUGCUCAGAACCUGUUCGAGCGCGUGUCUCAGAACAGGUCUGAUUCGUGGCGCUCGCUGGAUCCGGCGGCUGCGGCCGUCGCGCUGUGCCCCGACCUCGUGAGGACCAAGAAGUAUUACACCACGGGUAUUGAGUUGUGUGGUGAUCGCAGAGGCAUCACUACAAACAAUGAGUCUGACAAACCCAACGUUGGCGUCGUGUACGACUUCCAGGCGGCAGACUACCAACAGUUUCUGCUUGAUGUCUUUGCUGCAAGAUCCUACAGCAGAAUCUUCACCUAAAUAAAUAACGAUAUUGAUACAAUGGAAAGCCCAAUAUAACACGUAAACAAUAU